AUGGCGCCAGCACCCACACCCUCCAGCAGUACCGCCAAACCCCGACUACCCCCCAAAUCGGCAGCGGGUACCACCCCCGCGACGGGGCGAGUGACGCGUCUCCGUGCCGCCAAAGAAGCUUCCACCACCCCGUCAACACCAGCGGUCCCGAGACAGCCAGGCCUUCUCGCCAUGGGGAAGGAAGGUUUGAGAAAGGUAUCGGGAAAGAAUGGACAGAAGGAGAAGCCUACACCUGCGCUUAGGACGAAACCUGACGGCGCUGCUUCCCAAGCACCCGCAGAGACUCUCAAGGCUUUUCUGAGGAUCCGCCCCCCUCCCGCCGCCGCUUCUGACGCUCGGCCAUAUCUCGAAAUACAGUCCACUACCGAUGUUCUCAUGCGCGCUCCAAUUGAGAACUCUCGACACCACGUCCCCAAACCCCCUCACCUCUUCUCUUUCGACCAAGUCUUCCCCCCCGACACGCCCCAAUCCGACUUUUUCACGACUACCACUCUUCCUCUUGUCGACAAACUCUUGGCGGGCGAGAACGGACUCAUGUUCACGUAUGGUGUGAGCAACAGCGGCAAGUCGUAUACUAUCCAAGGGGGCAGUACGAUGGAGGCGGAGCAGAGGGGUGUUCUGCCGCGGGCGAUAGAUGUAGUGUUUAACUCUAUCGAGGGUCUUGAGAGCUCAGCAAAGCUUCAAACGCAAGGCUUGGCCGAUGUGGUGUUUCGAGACAAUGACGAGUAUCUCAACAUCGUGGACCCUCUCGCCACUCAAGAGCCCAAGAUACCCGACACAAUCAAAGUGGAUCGUAACUUUUCAUAUGCCAUCUUCGUCUCGUAUUCGGAGGUGUACAAUGAAAAGAUAUUCGAUCUCCUCGACUCUGUCCUCCCCACAUCUCCAGCCACCCCCACCCAACCACGCCCGCGUGCGACAUACGACAAGGCGCCUCGCGGGUCGCGUAUGCAAAGCUUCUCCGCCGUCAACUCGUCUUUUCACAUGGCAGCUAUGGCCAACGGGGGUGGGGGCGUCUUGAAGAGACAAGCUUUGAGUCUGAAGAAUGAUCCGGAGGGGAGCGGCAAGUAUAUUGCGGGGCUUAAAGACGUGAGAGUCAGAACGCGCGAGGAAGCGUUGGCGGUCUUCCGUUCCGGCCAGAAUGCUCGACAAGUGUUUGGGACCCUCGCCAAUCGCGAAUCAAGCCGCAGUCACGGCAUCUUCACCAUCAAAGUCGUCCGCAUCCACAACGGCGCCCCUCUUGAUCCCGACUCUGCCCAAGUCUCUCGCCUGGCCAUUGUUGAUCUUGCCGGCUCGGAACGAAACAAGAACACGCAUACGACAGGCGAUAGACUGAAGGAAGCGGGCAACAUCAACAAGAGCUUGAUGGUGCUUGGGCAAUGUCUGGAGGUGUUGCGGGCGAACCAGCAGAAGCUCGCUGGACCUGGGCCGGCGGCGAAGAAGAGGAUUGCGGUGGUGCCGUUCAGGCAUUCAAAGCUCACGGAAAUCUUCCAAAACUUCUUUGUCGGCGAUGGUCGUGCUGUCAUUGUCAUAAACGUCAACCCCUUCGACACCGGCUUCGACGAAAACUCUCACGUCAUGCGCUUCUCCGCCUCCGCCCGCGAGGUCCAAACAACUGCCCACAACAAGGUCACGGUGCCAGUCAUUCCGAAGGACGAGGGCAGUAGAAGUGCGGGCGAUGGCGGCAAGGGGAAGGCGGCGAAAGAGGGAGAUGGGUGGGGGAAGAUGACGGCAGACAGGGAGAGUCAGGGCUUUGUCAUGGUGGAGGAAGAGCUGGAAGUGGAGGAGCAAGAUCCCGAAAGCGAGGACGAGGAUGAGAAGGAUGCUCUGGUCGAAUACUUGUUUGAGCAAUUGCAGGAGAUGAAGACGAGACUGUACGAGUCCGAGAUGCGAUCGGCUGCUAUCGAGGUGGAAGUGAGAGAGGAAGUAGCGAGGGAGAUGCAAGAGUCGAUGCAGAGGAUGCACGAAGGCUUUACCCAGCGAUUCAACGAACAUGCUCUCGCCAGCGAGCUCAAGGCGGACCGCAAGAUAGACAUUGUGAUGCGCUCCAUGACCCCCGCCGUCUCACGCACUUACCGAAACAUCCCUGAACACUCUCCAGCCGAUGUGACGAUGGAAGAGGAGGAUAGGAGCUUCGAGUCGGCCAUUGACGAGUCUCUUAUGGCAUCCGGAGACGAUUCCAUGGUUACCUCAAAUUCUGACCCUUUCCUCGCCAAAGCCCCAACUAUCCCUAUCCCUACCGUCACCAUCUCGAGAGACUCGGUGCCGGCCCAUGCACGAGAAGCUGGCGCCACGGAUAAGGAGAGGAAUGGUGACCUUGUGGGGAGCGAGGAACAGUAUGACGAGGAGGAAGGGGAGGAGUCGGGGGAUGAAGGAGACGAUGUCGAUGAGGAUGAGGAGAGCGAGGAGGAGGAAGAAGAUGAGGGACUAGAGGAUGAGGAAGACGAUUCGGACGGCUCGGCAUUCACCAUCUCGGCGAACGAAGCUUCCGACGCUGAAAGCGACCAAGAGCUUUCCCCCCCUCGACAAAGUUCGGCCUCUCCUCGAAAGAGCAAACAAACACCAGCGAAGAAACGAGCCCCUUCAACCUACCCCCUUGUCGCCAGAGAGUCUAGCAGUACCCCUCAAACUAUCACUCCCGGACCGCUGGCAGAAAGAGUCAGUCAACUGGAGCUUUCGGACGACGACGACGACGAGGUUCCCGUGAAAUCGACAAAGAAGAAGAGGACUCUGGGAAAGAAGAAGGUGGUAACAGAGGAUGAGAUGGAGAGGCACGAUCUGCGGAUCUCGGGGGCGGAGGUGAAGCGGAUGAUGAAGGCGUCGAAGUAA